AUGGCUUCGGCUUCGAGUAGUAGCGCGAGGUCCUUGUUCAGCGACUCGAAGCGCCGGCUGGCAGAGCGGGUCCAAGUUAAUGUACAGAACGCGGCGUCCGUGGCGCGGCAGAUUGUGAGAGGAUCGCGUUCUACCGAGGUUUUGAUGCAUUCGGCAAGAGGUUUCGUGGCCCAAGAAAAUGCUAUUGAAAACAGUUUGGCUAAUUUAAAUAAGAUGCAACUUGUUUUGGCACAUUUAAAUUAUCAACAUGAUUCUAUGGCAAGAUCUUCACGAGAAAUAUUAGAAUUAGAGGAAAAUAUAAAGGCUUUGAAGUAACAUAUUAAAUAUGUUUCUUCUUUCAUAAAACGGAACACAGAGAAAGUUUAAAUUAUUAAAAAUAUUGUUUUCAUAUGAACUACAUAAAGCUUCAACAAUAAAUAUCCACUUCACUAUUUAAUC